AUCCAUACCAUCAACAUCAGUGUGAUUUGCGUCUGCGUGUCAGUACAGCGCUACAGUAUGCCAAUAGAGCCGCAGUAUCGCUUUCACGUUCUGAAUGUAUGGUGCACUUAUUCUCUGUGUAUCUAGUGCUUUCAUGAAGACUUUAAAAUGAUUAUUGUCACACGUUAUUUAUUAUAAUUACCAAUAAAUUCAACUAUAUUUAUUAUUACACAGUUUUCAUUAUAUAUUGCGGUUUCUAUAGCAACACUCAUUUAUAGUGAACAGUUUUGUGGUUAAGAAAGACUAAAAAUUUUCUCAGGACGCUAUGAUUGUAGAGCGUUCAGAAUCCUAGGCCUCUCUUUUUUAUUUCUCACAGUCGAAUUUCUCUAUUCUAUCAAUUGAAUUCCUUUGUGUCUGAUAAACGAUUUUUAUCAUUAUUAAUUGACAAAUAAUGUAUAUAAAUCAACGAUGUAAACCUCUUAUUAUUAAUUACGAGUGUUUUACAUAUUCUGUCAUGAUUACACCUUUUAUCCAAGAAUCAUGACGAUAUCCAACAUAAAAGUGCAAGCUUCGAGGUCAACAGUGUUGUUAAAAGUUUUAGACAAAUGUAUCAAUAUAAAUUAGUAGAUCAAUCAAAAGUGCAGUGACUUAAUCAGUGAAAUUUCCUUGAAGAAUUUAAAUCUCAAAGCAAAUUCUGUCAAUCCAUUAUUUAGUGAGUGAAUAGUUAAAUGAACUUUGAAUAAAAUUUCAUAUAUAAUAACAAUUAAAUUGAAAACUAUAUGAUAAAUAUAAGUUGUUUUUUUGCUGUCUACAUUUUUAUAUUGAUAUUAUUUUACUAAGAUACCUCUGGUUGAAAGCAAAUUGAAUUGUCGGAUGAAAACGAAGAAAUUCAACCACCCGAAACUACUUUAUCAACUUAGCAGGGCCACGUUAAUGCUUGAUCAUCAACAAAAUAACAGAAACGACUCAGUGAAAUGCAAUCCAUCCAAUUUACUAGAAAUUAAGAAAUACGAUGCUGUCAUACAUGUUACCAACGGGGGACAAACCUCCACCUCCUCGAGAUACUCAGAAUUGCAGUCGUCUGACACGAGUUCAGAAUCAUGGCGAACAAAUCAAGCAGAACGGAUCGACAACGAUUGGAGCACCCAAGCGAGUAGCCGAUGGCAAUAAAACUAUAUUGAGUGAUAGUAAUGGAACAUCACCAACGACUACGACAACGACAGUGAUUACGACAACAUCGCCUGCGAGGUCUGAAGAUAGGAUAGUGCGAGAAAUACGAUUUUAUCAAACCGACAUGAAUGAAAGUCUGAAGCAUAAUGGUACGACAACGAAAAAGUCAACCCUACAUACUUCCAAGGUCACCAAAGACGACAGUCUUCACAGUAUCAACAGUGAAGCUAGCACGGUGGGCAGUGACCGGAAGUCCAAAAUUGCUAAUGGUGGCAAACACGCUAGUCUCAAAAGGGUAUCUUUUGGCUCAAGUAAAGGAUCCAUGGUUGAGACAUUAGUUUACGAAACACCGGUUCAAGAGGAACCAGAAAUUAACCACUUUCUUGAACAAAACAACCGACUUCCGAUCACUCCCGUUCCUGACACUGAUGAAGGCAGGGAAAAAGUACGUGUCGCGUUUCUGGGCCCACAGCCUCAUCCUACGACGCCUGGUGUCCUUCUCCUAGAACCCUUGAUACCUACGGAUCAUUUUAUUGACGCCAUGUCGGCUGGUCCUGCGGAACUCCUCACUACCCAUACUGAGCACACAUCACCAGCCUAUCACACCCAAAUUAGUACGGACAGUGGUUGGGACAAUCCAUUUAGGCCAGAUGGUGACCUGUCACGUGAAGCAGAUGAGAUAGUAGAAUUGAUAAAAGGUGGCAAACCCAUAACUCCAACGCCAGGACAAACAGCACCUCCACUACCAGGAUGUGAUGGCAAACCGACUGGUGAUGAACACGAUUCGAGUACCAGUCCAUUGCUGAACUUAUCAUCAGGACAAACAAACCAGGGCAAUGGAAAUUUCUACAGCUGGAAUUCAGAUGCUACCGCUAGUCCGAAGGUUGCUUCGAAAACUGGUACAGCAACGGUUGAAGUCAGUAGAGUUACAGCACAAGGUCCUGGAGAUGCAUCACAAAUUGAACAUGUAACUUUGAAAAAGAAACCCAAGUGCAAAUGUUGCGUUGUUCAGUAACGCAGUCAAAAGCAACAGUGUAGUUUACAAGAAAAGCAUUAUUGAUGAAUAAUGCUAUGUGACAGAACAUAUAAUUCAUAAUGUUAUUUUCUCAUAAAAAAAAAAGAGAAGACUAAAUAGAAAAUCAUAAUAAUGAAGAGAAAAAAGUUUAGCCAGUUUGCUAAUUGAGACUAGGUGACUAAUCUCUCUGUAGUCUUACUGUUGAAAAUUUUUCAUUUGCUUAACUCUCAUACGAAA